AUGCGCGUUCCAUUUGGCUCUCGACUCUUCCGUACCACAAUGUCAGGCGAAAAGAUCCUUGAAGGUUGCUUCGCCGUUCACAAGCCUCAAGGCGUCACAUCCGCUGAUGUCCUCCGCAAAUGCCAAGAGCACUUCAACCCCUCCAAGCUCUUCGCCCCCUGGCUCCAAAAUGAGCGUGACCGCCGUGAACGCGAAAACCAAUUCCAGCAAAACCGCCGCCGCCAAAAGAAAAUCGAAGUGAAGAUUGGACACGGCGGCACCCUCGACCCACUCGCAACAGGAAUCCUCAUUGCCGGCGUCGGAAAGGGAACCAAGUCCCUCAGCAGCUUCCUAGAAUGCACAAAGUCCUACGAGACGAUCGUGCUCUUCGGUGCGGAGACGGAUACUUACGAUCGCAUGGGUAAGAUCGUGCGCCGGGCUCCGUACGAGCAUGUUACGCGGGAGAAAGUUGAGGAAGCGCUGAAGCAAUUCCGGGGGAAGAUCAUGCAGAAGCCGCCUAUUUUCUCUGCAUUGAGAAUUAACGGAAAGAGACUUUAUGAGUAUGCAAGGGAGGGCAAGCUUCCGCCUGUGGAAAUCAAGACUAGGCCUGUUGAGGCUUUGGAGCUGGAGAUUGUGGAGUGGUAUGAGCCUGGGACGCAUGAACACCAAUGGCCCAAGGAGAAGAUGGUUGGCGAGGAGAAGAAGGUUGCGGAGCAAUUGCUCGAUCAGCAGGCUGGUGCUGCCCCUAAGGUGGAGGAGGCUGUGUCCUCUAAGCGCAGUGCUGCGGAUACACCUGAAGUUGAGCAUGACGCUGAUAAGAAGCAGAAGGUUGGUGAGAGUGGUGAGGUUGCUGUGACUGAGUCUGCGCCUGCUGCUUCGGAGACUGCUGCUGCUGAUACUCCGGUUGCCGAGGAGAAGACCACUGCUACGGAGUAUUUGUCGGACUCAGAAGCUGAGGAUGCGGAUGGAUCGGUUAAGACUAAGAAGCAACGGCCUCAGGCGCCUGCUGUGAAGAUCCGGAUGACUGUGACCUCCGGUUUCUAUGUUCGGUCUUUGGCGCAUGAUUUGGGUAACGCUGUUGGCAGCUGUGCACUUAUGAGUGAGCUUAUCCGGACGCGCCAGGGCGACUUUGAGCUCGUUCCUGAGAAGGUUCUGCAGUAUGAGGAUUUAGCUGCGGGCGAGGAUGUUUGGGGCCCGAAGGUGGAGGGAUUCCUCGGCGCUUGGGAGGGCAAGAUGGCUGCCAAAGCAGCAGAGGCUGACGCGGCCAAGGAACAAAAAUAG